AUGGAGAUAUGGAAGCGCUGCUACCGGGGUGACCACGUGGAGGUGUUCCUGUCGCUGGGAGGCGGGGGUGGUCCCCGGGCGGGCCUCAGCGAGCGCUCGUCGCCGUCGGGCGUGCUGUGCGGCGGCCUGCUCGACGUGCCGGCCGCGCUCUUCAGCCAGGGGCCCGCGCUGGCGCUCGCCAUGCACUCCGACCGCAGGCCCGGCAACCACUCCGGCUUCCUCGGCCGCUUCCGCUUCCUCGACAGGCGACUGUUCAAGUCGUCGGGCCGGCCGCUGAGGGGCACGCGCUGCGACCAGCUGUUCACCAGCAGCCGCUCCUCGCCGGCGUACGGCCGCUUCUACUCUCCCAACUUUCCGUCCAGCUACCCCACCAACACCACCUGCAAGUACUCCUUCCGCGCGAGACCGUACGAACGUGUCAGAGUGGUGUUCGAAGAAGUGUCCUUACAGAGAGGUGAUCUCAGCUGCCUGGAGAGCCAGGACCGGCUGUCGGUGUUUGACGGUCCGAGCCCCUUGUCGGCGGCCAUCGCGGUGCUGUGCGACGAGGCCUCCCAGCUGGAGGUGCUGUCCACAGGGCGCAGCCUCUUCGUGGAGCUGGUGGCGCGCUCCCGGUGGCCCGGGCAGGGCUUCCGCGCCUCCUACCACUUCCAGAACGACUCUGACUACAACACCGUAGACGCAGCCACCGACCUGCUGCUGCUGCUGACGAGUUACUUCAUACCUCGGUGA